AUGUCUAAGGUAGCCAAGUAUCGCCGGCAGGUGAGUGAAGACCCCGACAUCGACAGCCUGCUGUCCACCCUGUCUCCCGAGGAGAUGGAGGAGCUGGAGAAGGAGCUGGACGUGGCGGACCCGGAUGGGAGCACCCCCGUGGGGCUGCGGCAGAGAAACCAGACGGAGAAGCGGUCCACGGGCAUGUACAACCGGGAGGCCAUGCUCAGCUUCUGUGAAAAGGAGACCAAGAAACUUAUUCAGAGGGAGAUGUCCGUGGAUGAAAACAAGCAAGUGGAGCCCAAGACAGAUGCCAAGAAUGGAGAGGAAAGGGGCAGAGAUGCCAGCAAAAAAACCCUGGGCCCCAGACAGGACUCAGACCUGGGGAAGGAGCCAAAGAGGGGUGGUUUAAAGAAAAGCUUCUCAAGAGACAAAGAUGAAGCCGAUGGCAAAAGUGGAGAGAAGCCCAAGGAGGAGAAGCUUAUCAGGGGUAUUGACAAGGGUCGGGUCAGGGCUGCGGUGGACAGAAAGGAGGCAGGGAAGGAGGGGAGGGGAGAGGAGAGGGCAGCAGCCCCAAGGAGGGAAGAAGAGAAGAAAGGCAGUGACAGGAGCACGGGGCCAAGCAGAGACAAAGACAAGAAGAAAGAGGAGAAGGAGAUGAGUAAGAGAGAGGAUGACGGGAAGGGAAAAGGGGAGAGGAGGACCGUGGACGCCAGGAAGGAGGAUGAGAAGGUGAAAAGAGGAAGCGGGAACACGGAUGCAAAAAGGGAGAAUGAAAAAGUGAAAAAAGAGGAGUCCGUAAAUAAAAAGGAGCCCAAAGAAGAGAACAAGACCCAAGCCCUGGAGAAACAGGCCCCCGCUAGCCCCACCAAGCCCUCGGAAGGGCCUGCCAAGGCGGAGGAGGAAGCGGCCCCCAGCAUAUUUGAUGAGCCUCUGGAGAGAGUGAAGAACAAUGACCCAGAGAUGACCGAGGUGAACGUCAACAACUCAGACUGUAUCACGAAUGAGAUCUUGGUCCGGUUCACCGAGGCUCUGGAGUUCAACACUGUGGUCAAGGUGUUUGCCCUGGCCAACACGCGCGCCGAUGACCACGUGGCCUUCGCCAUCGCCAUCAUGCUCAAGGCCAACAAGACCAUCACCAGUCUGAACCUGGACUCUAACCACAUCACGGGCAAAGGCAUCCUGGCCAUCUUCCGGGCCCUCCUCCAGAACAACACGCUGACCGAGCUCCGCUUCCACAACCAGAGGCACAUCUGCGGCGGCAAGACGGAGAUGGAGAUCGCCAAGCUGCUCAAGGAGAACACCACCCUGCUCAAGCUGGGCUACCAUUUCGAGCUGGCUGGGCCCCGCAUGACGGUCACCAACCUGCUCAGCCGCAACAUGGACAAACAGCGACAAAAGCGGCUCCAGGAGCAACGGCAGGCGCAGGAGGCCAGCGGGGAGAAGAAGGAUCUGCUGGAGGUGCCCAAGUCAGGGGCGCUGGCCAAGGGCUCCCCCAAACCCUCCCCCCAGCCAUCUCCAAAGGCCUCGCCCAAGAACUCGCCCAAGAAAGGGGGCGCUCCAGCCGCUCCACCUCCGCCUCCACCUCCCUUGGCCCCACCCCUCAUCAUGGAGAACCUGAAGAACUCCUUGUCACCAGCUACCCAGAGGAAGAUGGGAGACAAAGUCCUCCCCGCCCAGGAGAAGAACUCCCGUGACCAGCUACUGGCUGCUAUUCGCUCCAGCAACCUCAAGCAGCUCAAGAAGGUGGAGGUGCCCAAACUGCUUCAGUAGGACCAGACUGCCGGGGGGCACUGUCUGCCAAUGCCAUGACUGCCCAGGCCUUGCCUCCCAGGCCCGCACAGACCCCGCCCACCCCACCCUGGCUGACCUGCUGUGGAUGUCCCCACUCUGCCGUGGGAGAGCAAGAGGCCUGGCCACGUUCAAGGAAGGAUGCCUGAUCUCUUCUCACUUUCCUUUUCUUGUCUCUGAGGCUCUCCAAAAAUUUCUUUCAUACCUGGAACUGAGGUUUCUGGACAAGAAGAGUCCUUUUAGCGUGUCAUUGAGAAGAUGGCAUGCCUGGGGCCCAAGCAGCUGUCAAGUUGCAAAAGGCCUGUGAUUCAGGAAAGAUGUCCCACCAGGACCACGUAACCAGCCCAGCCCCACUGCCCUCCAGGGCCAGGAUUCAGGCCUCUGAGGAGCCCUUGGGGCAAAGCUGCUGGGCCCGUGGCCCUCUGUGUGGGGCAAUGGCAGAAGAUUGAGAGGGCAUGAGGGCCCAAGGGGAGAAGGAGGAGGGGCUAAGGACAUCCUGAAACCCCUCCUGGGCUAAUCAGAGGACAUGGCAGGGACAGCUGGCCUGGAUGGAAAGUGCCUGGUGGGGAGUGGGCUCCAGCUGGGAGGAGAGGGACAGACGGCAGCUGGUCCUGAAGGUUUGAUGCCAAAGCAGACGUUUCCCUCACACCCACCUGCUGUUGUAUAAAUAGCUGUGUAUCUGUUUUUCCAUAAGAUUUUGAUAAUAUAUACAAGCCUUUAGUUGUGAA